AUGUCGCAAGGGUUAACUGAAAGUAAUGAAAAUUGUGUUUUUUAUGACGAAGAACGUAAUAAACAGUUUGAAGAAAAUGAAAGACAGAAAGAAACACUUAAUGACGAAGCAGAGAGAGAGAAAGAAACAGAAAAUGUUGAUGUAGAAGAUGUAGAAGAGAGAGAGGAAGAAACAGGAAAUGCUGAAGAGGAAGAUGAAGAUGCAGAGAGAGAGGAAGAAACGGAAAAUACUGAGGAGGAAGAUGAAGAGCAGGAAAGUGGUGACACAGGCGAUGAUGAGAGUGAUGAAUAUUCUGCAAGUGAAGUUGUAUCGGAUAUAGAUAAUGAUGUUUCAGAGGAAGAGGAAGAUGCACAGGAUAAUAGUGUCAAUGAAUGGGAUGCUGUCACAGAUUUGACACCUGAGUUGGAUGCGUGUACUUUAAAUGAAAGCACUUUUAAUAUUCCUAUAGAAGAUAUAUCUCCUGCAGGGCUGGAGAACAAAUGUCGUGUAGUAAUUGCAGACAAUUUCUACUCUUCAAUUGAAUUGGCGGAAGAACUCUUAUCUCAAAAAACCCGUUAUUGCGGUACCCUAAAUUCGAAGCGAAGGGGGCUACCUAAGGAGAUAGUGUUACUAAAGUUGAAGAAGGGUGAAAUCAAAGGAGCUAUGAAUAAAAAUGGCGUUAAAGUUAUUAAAUGGGUUGACAAAAGGCAACUUCUAAUGAUAUCUACUCUCAAAGAGGACAAAGAUGUGCUUGUCAACACUGGCAAAAAAAAUAGGAAGACGAAUGAAGAUAUAAAAAAAGCCUACAUGUGUCUUAACGUAUAA